UCUAAAAAGGCCACUCCACUUUUCUCUACCAUAGAAACUGCCUGACUCACCCCCUCCAUUUCCUCUCUCUUCCCUUUUCUUGUUUCCUCUGCAAAUGCUGAUCUCCAAACCCAAUUUCUCCUUUUUAUUUUCUCUUUUGUCUAAUAAAAUACUCGACCCUUCAACCUAUACAAUGAACUGAAUUCCCACAACUCUUUUCAGCUCAAUACAUAUCAGGGCAAUGUCUUCUUCUUCUUCUUCUUCUUUUUAAUUAUAACGCAGAAGAAAGCAAAAUGGGUGUUUUUGUAUUACCAAGUUCAGCCUUUGGGGUGCUUCUUCCCCACUUCCCUGUUGUUUCAUUAGGCACGCCACGUGGGCAGUUUCAUUUAGUCUUGGGAGGCUCUUCUAACAGGAAAAGGAAGAAUUUACUUACUGGAAACUGGCAGUGCAGACCAAGAAUAGUUGUUGCCUCAAAUAGGGAUGAUUCCAAAGACAAUGUCACAGAUGAUGAGGAUGGUUCUUUGUUGGGGAGUUAUGAAAUGUUGGAGAUGAAAGAGGAUGAGUUAGUGGAGGCGAGAAAGGCUCUUUCUGAGGUUAAGGCCAGACAAGCAGCCCUUGAAAAAGAAAGAGAUCAAUUGCUUGAAGACUUUGCUAGUUCUGAGGCUAAACAGAAGGAAUAUGUGGCUUCCGUUUUACAUGACAAAGAAUUGGCUGUUUCAGAACUGGAGUCGACCAAAUCUCUAUUCCAUCAGAAGCUGCAGGAGUCAGUGAAAGAGAAAUUUGCGUUGGAAUCUAAGUUGGUUCUUGCAAGACAAGAUGCUGUUGAACUUGCAGUACAAGUUGAAAAGUUAGCGGAGGUUGCUUUCCGACAGGCCACAUCUCACAUAUUAGAAGAUGCCAAGCUGAGGGUUUCAGCUGCAGAAACCUUGGCUGCUGAGUCUGCUUUUCAAAUUGACGAACAGAUAAGAAAAUCAACCGAAGGUACUAUAUUCUCAAUUAUAGUGGAGUCUAAAGAUGCUAUAAAUAAGGCCCUUGAUGUGGCAGAAAAUGCCAUUGAUGAGGCUACACAAGCUGUAGCAGUAUUCACUGACGCUGUAAAUCCCAUUGAUGUUAUUGCUUCUGCUCAGUCUGAGAAUAUUAAGUUACAAGGUGCUGUCAGUGAUUUAGAAGCUCAACUAUUGGUUUCAGAGAGUGAGCUUGAUAGGUUGAAACUGGAGUUGCAACAGGCCCAAGUACAAGCAAAUGCAGCUGAACUCCGAUCCAGUAAUGCUGAGAAGGCAUUGCUUGAAUUCCAAGAGUUGAGUAGGAAAAAGGCUCUUGAGCAGGAAGAGGAGAUUAGGUCUUUAUUGGAGAAAAUAAAGAAAGAAGCAGUUGAAAGAAAGAAGGUUUUGUCCAAGGCUUUUAAGGCUGAGUUGGAAAGCAUCAAGGCUGCUGUUGAUGCUUCCAAAGAAAUAACAUGUUCAAGAGAAAAUGCCUACAUGAGAAGAUGUGAAGCCCUGCAGAGGUCACUGAGGACAUCUGAGAGUGCUUUAAAGUUGUGGAGACAGAGAGCAGAGAUGGCACAGUCAUUGUUGUUGAAGGAAAGAUCAGAAAAGGAAGAUGAUGAAGACGUCAUCUAUAUAGCUAAUGGUGGGAGGAUAGACCUUUUGACUGAUGAUGAUUCACAGAAAUGGAAACUUCUUAGUUAUGGUCCACGUAAGGAGAUACCUCAGUGGAUGGCAAGAAGGAUUAGGAGCAUCCGUCCGAAGUUUCCUCCUAGAAAGACUGACAUAUCUAAAGCCUUAAAUUCCAAUUUUAAAUCGUUGGAAUUGCCCAAACUUGAUGAGGUUUGGUCUAUUGCUCAAGAAAAGCUAAGAGAAGGUGAUAUGCUUACUGAACAUGUUAUUGAAAAAGAAGUAAUAGAGAAGAAACGGAAAGCUUUGGAGCGAGCACUCCAGCGAAAGACAGUUAAAUGGAAGAGGAUUCCAGAAGAAACAAAAAUAGAGCCAGGAACUGGAACAGGACGAGAAAUUGUGUUCCAAGGUUUCAAUUGGGAAAGUUGGAGAAGGCAAUGGUACCAGGAGCUAGCUUUCAAGGCAGCUGAUUUAUCUCAUUCUGGGAUAACAGCAGUAUGGCUCCCACCACCAACACAAUCUGUUGCACCCCAAGGUUAUAUGCCUUCUGAUCUUUACAACUUGAACUCCUCAUAUGGAUCUGUCGAAGACCUGAAAUCUUGUAUAGAGGAAAUGCAUUCUCAGGAACUUCUGGCAUUGGGAGAUAUUGUGCUUAACCAUAGAUGCGCGCAUAAACAGAGUCCAAAUGGUGUCUGGAAUAUUUUUGGCGGCAAACUUGCAUGGGGGCCUGAAGCUAUUGUUUGUGAUGAUCCAAAUUUCCAGGGCCGUGGGAAUCCUUCAAGUGGUGAUAUCUUCCAUGCGGCACCAAAUGUUGAUCAUUCGCAGCACUUUGUGCGAAAAGAUGUAAAGGAAUGGUUAUACUGGCUCCGUAAUGAUAUUGGUUAUGAUGGGUGGCGGCUUGACUUUGUGAGAGGCUUCUCUGGAACCUUUGUGAAAGAAUAUAUAGAAGCUUCAAAUCCUGCAUUUGCUAUAGGAGAAUAUUGGGACAGUAUGGCUUAUGAACAUGGUAACUUAUGUUACAAUCAAGAUGCUCACCGGCAACGGAUAGUAAACUGGAUCAAUGCCACUGGUGGUACUUCCUCAGCUUUUGAUGUCACGACAAAGGGGAUACUCCACUCUGCUUUACAUGAUCAAUACUGGAGACUGAUAGAUCCUCAAGGAAAACCAACAGGAGUAAUGGGAUGGUGGCCUUCACGCGCAUGUACGUUUUUAGAGAACCAUGAUACGGGAUCUACCCAGGGUCACUGGCCUUUUCCCCGUGAUAAGCUUACACAAGGAUAUGCUUACAUCUUGACGCAUCCGGGAACUGUAAGUUGUCAUCAAAAUCUCUAUAUGAUUCUACACAUGGGCACAACCAGAACUCUGAGAAAUAUAUGUUCUUUUACACCUGUGAUAUUUUAUGACCACUUCUAUGAAUUUGGCAUCCGUGAUGUCUUGACGGAAUUAAUAGAAGCUCGAAGACGGGCUGGGAUCCACUGCCGAAGUUCUGUCAAGAUAUACCACGCCAAUACCGAAGGUUAUGUUGCUCAGGUCAGCAAUAUGCUAGUGAUCAAACUAGGGCAUUUCGAUUGGAAUCCUUCAAAGGAAAAUCAGUUGGAUGGGAGUUGGCAAAAGUUCAUUGAUAAAGGAGCAGAUUAUCAAAUUUGGUUAAGACAGUAAUUCAAUGAAAUCAGCAAAAAGGUUAGAAGUUAUCCUCUGCCACAUUAUCUCUACUUAUAGUAAUAGAAGAAUAUCUGCAAUAGUACACACACAAAAAUAAAAUAAAAUAACACACCCCCAUCUGCGUCGACUACAAUAUCAGCUUCAGCAAUGGCAACAUAAAACCUUGAACAAGGAUCGGGAACGGCCGCAUCUCUAUCAAGCAGCAUGGGAAUUAACGUUAUGGUUUACAGACGUUAUGGUUUAAGUCAAUAAAUCUGAUAUGCUGAUUUCAGCCAUUCUUAUGUACUUUUUUCAUGUUUAGUGCCAAUGCUUAAUUUUUUGUUGCUUUCUUGCAUA